AUGAAUGUAUUGUUAAUAGUUAGUUUAUACUUCACUCUUGGAAGUUGUAUAGUAUUACGUCUACCACUCUCAAUAGAAGAUUCGGAAAAUUUUUCAAUUGUUAAGAGAUAUGCGCAUGGUACUGAUUUUAUUAGGUCUAUCGCUAUGGGAAUGGAUCCUAAUUUACGAGACAUGAAAUUUCUAGUCACUUUUUACGAAAGUAAAACUGAUGAAUGCAUACAUAAAGUGUAUUAUCAUGGAGCAGAGAUAUACUCUAAUGAACCCAUUUACCAUAGUUUUAUUGUUGAUGACGAACAUUAUACGUUUAGAAGAGUUGUUUGUUUGGGGCAAUUACAAGGGAAAAUGUUCAUAACUAUUUAUAAUAUAGCUGGAUCAAGAUUUGAAACAACAAAAACAAUUGAAAAAAUUUAUACACUAACUGAUGAGGUGAUAGAAUCAAUUAUGGAUAAUCAAAAUCAUCAUGUGAAUGUAGAAACUGAUGAAUUUAUGCCACCUGAAGUAAAAAUAAUCAAAAAUAUUUUAACAAGACACCCUACAAAACGUAAGAGCUAUGAUGAUUUGGAUCAAGUAGACGAUGUACCACACCUAAUAAAGGGCAAUCAUAUAUCUACAGAACAAACUAAAAAAGAAGUAAAAAAAAUUAUGCACAAUCUAAAAACUGGUAGAUCAGAUGCAAGGGAUGAAUCAGAUGAUAUGGACCAAAGUGAUCCAAAUUCUGAUUCACAUGAUACAAUGAUUUAUUAG